AUCCCGUUACCACCCGAACCUAGUUCGGCUGUUGCGGUCAGUAGUGAGCAGGUUCACUCACCACUGGAUGAUGCAGUAGAUAACAAAGAGGAGCCACAAAAGGAGGCAGUAGAUGAGGAAAAAAAGGGUAGCAUUAGUGCCACGACCUCACCAACGACUACAGGACCGUGGACAACCAGUCGUUGGCAGGCGGAUGAUGAAUCAGAGAAGGAUGCUACAACUUCUGAGUUGAAUGCAUCAACUAAAAUCAGUUCUGUGAAGCUUGCACUUGGGAGCAGCUUGGAGACGAUGCCGGCUGUCCCUGUCUCCAUUGACAUGGAUAUGAGCGACAAUGAAUCAGCCCCGAAGGUCUCAACAAAUCCGCCAGUUAAUGAAUCAAAAGGUGGGAGUAAGGCACCUAUGCCUGAAGCACCCGUCGAUAGCAAAAUAUCAGCUCCAGUCCUAAACCGGCCGCAAAGUCGAAGUCAAGAGCGCUUUCUUCAUCUGCCUCCUCUUCAAGUAGUUCAUCUAGGAGCUCCUCGUCAAACGCUUCUAGCUUUCGAACCAGGAGCAGGUCCAGAUCAUUUCGCAGAAGAAGAUCAGGUCGACGCCGUGGACGAAGCAGAAGUACAGGUCGUUCACGUCCUCGUCGUCGCAGCAGCUUCAGUCGUCGGCGUGAUAAUUUCCGUUCUCGCUCCAGCAGCCGUCGUCAUCGCCGUCGCCGUAGCUCUCGUAGUCGUAAAAGCUCAUGGAGUAGAAGGUCGCGGUCCUACUCGGAUAGAUCGCGUCGUCGGCGGCACAGCUCUUCGUAUUCACGUCGACGUCGACGCUCGUACUCCUCGUAUUCCGGUUCAUCGCGCAGUUCAUACUCGUCCUUGUCGCGUCAUUGAAAACCAGUGGCUACAUCAUCGUGAACUUGCGUGUGACCGAUCGUGUGGAUAA